CAAGUUCAUUGUGCACUGCAGUUUAUUCACAUUUGUAACACUAUUCGCGCUCCGUUUGGACGGUUAUAUAGAUUGGCCGUAUUGGGCUAUCUUUACACCACUAUGGAUUUGGAAAGGAAUCGCUGUGUUAGGAGCGGCAGUCGGAGCUGUAGUUUGGUGCCGAUACCCACAUUAUCGACUUGAAGGGGACUCAUAUACUCAAUUCAAAGCUAUGCUUAUUUCUCUUUCGCUGCAUCUCAUAUUACUUAUGUUUGAGCUACUCGCUUGCGACAAACUCAGCUCAGGACGUCAUCUAUGGGUAUUAGUGUUCAUACCGUUGAUUUUUGGCUCAGUGGCCAGCGUGGGCGCUUGCGUUUGGGCUGUUAAACAUGACCGUUCUUUUGAACUGGAGCUAUUUUUAGCAGUUAAUGCAUUGCAGUUCGUCUCAUUACCUCUUAAAUUAGACCAAUUCGUAUACUGGAAUUGGGAAGUUGUGUUUGUCCCCAUGUGGAUUGUGAUCUGUCUGAGCUUAGUCAGUGUGCUUUACAAUGUAAUCUUUUGCGGUAUUAUGAUGCGUACACCAGAGAUAUCACUGCAACAAAAGAAGGCUGCACUCAAUGCAGCGGUGGGAAAUAUUUGCACCGUCUUGCCAUUGCUCUGUUUUCAAGUGGUGAUUUGUGAUAAGCUGGAAGGGGAACUGAAGUUUCCCUAUAUUGUUGUGUUCAGCCCAUUGAUGGUAUCUAUCUUCGCAUUGAUUGUAUUGAGCUUUAGUGCAAAGGGUGGAAACAAAUGGUGGUUUGGCAUACGCAAAUCUUUCAGUCAGUUUCUUCUCUCGGCUAUGCCUUUCCUACAAGAAUACGGCAAUAUAUCUUAUCACACUGAUCGGUCUGCGGCUGCUCAAUCUGUUCCUCUGGACACCUCUACCAGCACCUUGCAUAUGGGCGACUUUAAUAAGCAUGACAAGAAAAGCAAAAAGGGAGCUAAGAAUGAUAGUAUGAAGCCGGUUGUGCCCAUCAUCAGUAUUGAUAUGCCCGAUUAAGUAAAUUGCCCAAAAAACAAUGCGCUUCAACAUAGCUACUCUAGCUAAGCUUGAGGGAACUGAAACUAUUACAAUUUAAAUUAUAUAUACACAUAUAGGUACAUAAGUAAAUAAUGAUGCUAUAGGUAUAUACAUAAAUAAUAAUGCUAUAGCGUAGAUUAUCAUUAUUUAAGCAAUUUUGUUUAAACCUACGGAUUUUGCAGAAAUUAUUAGAUAAUAACUCAAAAAAGCACACUUUUACACUUACAUUUAACUUUGUAGGUUUAUUUUAAAAUCUCAAACCACACGUUAGUAUUCGUAUAUCAUACCACAUUUAAGUUAAAUGCAUUUUAUAUUUUUAAAGAAUUUUAUUUUAUUUCACCUCUAAC